AUGAGCGGCAUUUCGUCAUACACUCACCAUCCCCCACCUUACCCACAGCAUAGUCAUGACGAUCACCACAAUCAGCAUCAGCAACAUGAUCCUCCCAAAUCUUCAUAUAAAUCCCUACAGUACGAAUCAGAGCCAAAGCAUCAAUUCCAUCAACAAAAACAAUCGAAUCAUACCCAGCCUAUUGAUUCUUUUCAGAACCAUCCAUAUAGUCAUCAAUCUGAAUAUAAUCCGCACUACCUUAUGCCAAUUCCAUAUAGCAGUAGGUCGGGUUUAGAUCAACAGGUAGGGUACAGCCCUGUCAAGACAUACUUUAGCCCCCCGCAUGCUAUACCGUCAAGCAAAUUCGGCAACCAAAAACAAUACGAUACCGCAGCUUUGAGUGCAUUUGAUAGGGAAAAAAUGACCGCCACUUUUUCAGAAAAUCCGGGGCAAGAAUCCAGACUCGUGGCCGAUAAGCAGGGCGGAAAACUCGUACAAGUAAAGAGAGAGGUUGAAUGGGGGGGAGCUGCAGCGAGUGGUAGGAACAAACCAAGUACAAGUAAUGGUUCUGAUGUAGAGGAAAGAGAAACCAUCAACACAUUGAACUUGACUACUCAAUACCGCAAUAGCAAACAGGGUUCAAGUCCAGCUCGUCUCACAAGUCGUCAUUCUCACAACCUCAAUCACAGUAGCCGAGCACAUUCUCACAACCAUCCGAGUUCAAGGGAAUACUCGGAAAAGAAUCCUUCACAGCAGGGUUUAGACUGUUUGAAAAGUAUACAUUAUAAUUACAGUGCUACUCCUACACCAGUACAAUCCAUGAUGCCAUCCACAGUGUCGCCUCACUCUACACAACCAUCUGGCCAAGGCCCAGCUGUCUCCCAUCCGGCACCAUCGUCUACCUGCACAAGAGAGACGCAAGCAACUGAAGAAGCAGCGUUGCCUCCAUCUGCUGCUACCGCAGCCACCAGAGAACCUAGUUUGCAGAUCCAGACUCGUGCUCGGACACUUGCCCAUCAGAAGCAGAAUCCUGUUCAGGAUGCUGGCCAUAUCUCACCAUCUCAAACAGACAGUGUCUGUGCUGCUGCAUCCAAUCCACAGUCAAACUCUCAUCACACUAGCAGCAGCACAUGCAGUUCUAGUAUAGACCCACAUUCACAACGUCGCUAUUCUCUGCUAGUCCAGCCUCCAUUUGUCCAUUCUAAUCCAGUCUAUCCAGCAAACUAUCAGCAUGCAACGACUACUUCUCCUUCUCCUGCAGAAUCACUCAUUCAUCUUUCUCACGGGAGACAAUCCAUGAAUGGUGUUGCUACACACUCUUCUCACCCCUAUUACAAGUAUCCAUCAUCUCACUCUUAUCCUCAUGGACAUGCUUCUCAUCCCUAUAUCCACAGUCUUCCAAAUGCUCAUACUCAAUACUCUCAACCGCAGCACCAUCCAUCUGCUCCAUACUAUGGAUAUCACAAUAGUGGCCCUGCGAUCCCUCCUGCAGAACAUUAUUCUCAUCCACAUACCCAUUCUCUAACUCCUCAUGCUUAUCGAUUCGCAGUUGGUCUCGAGUCCGAUGGAAAUACAAAGCGAAGAGCACGAUCAAUAACUAUUGAGGAAGAGGGCGAGGAUCUUUUGGCAAAGAGACGCAAGAAUACUGAGGCGGCUAGACGAAGUCGUCUGCGAAAGAGUUUGAAGCUUGAAUCUCUAGAGGAGCAGCGACGUGACCUCGAAGCAGAAAAGCAUAAGCUUUCUAUUCGUGCUGUUACUUUAGAGUCUGAAAACAAAACUCUGGCUUUGAAGCUUUUGCAAGCGGAAGAGUGUAAUCAAACUCUCCAGCAACAGCUGGACGAAGCACACAAGACUAUUGUGAGAAUGCAACUUGAGCAGAAUUCGAUGGAAAUAGAUAAAUCGAGCGCUGUUGAUGUGCAUGCAAAUGCCCUUGUAGUGGCAGCUAGUGUGCCCGACGGCAUUGCUACUAUGAGUGAUUCUGAAGAUACCAAGAGUAUUUCCACAAUUGAAUCCAACGUUGGAUCUUCAUAA